UCGCGAAGCGGGCCGCCUCCGCCGCCGCCGCCGCCGCCGACGACGACGACCACGGCGAAAACGUUCCCGUCUGCAGUCGUUCCCGACCACCGCCGUGAAUCAAUGAAUAAAUCUUCGUUGGACUCAUAUCUUCCAACUUCGCUACCACCUAUACAGUCACCUUACGAUAUUCAACCCACAGAACCCGAUCAACCGGAACUGUAUCCAGAUGGAUAUAAAGACGAUCUAACGACUCAACGAUCUGAUCAAGAACCAGAAACACCGAUUUAUCCAACAGAAAUACCGGAUAAUCCUCAAGAAAGACCAAUAGAUACACCGGAAGAACCUCUGGAAAGGUCGGAAAACCCAACAGAAAGACAAGGAGAGCUUCCCGAAAGAACAGAAGAAACUACAGAAAGACAGGAGGAACCAACAGAAAGACCAGAAGAAUCUACAGAAAGUCCAAAUGAAAUCACAGAAAGACCAGAUGAACCUAUCGAAAGGCCAGAAGAGCCAAUGGAAAUACCAGAAGUGCCCGUGGAAAUACCAGAAGAACGUACUGAAAUCCUUGAAAAACAAGUUGAAAAUCCCGAAGAACCUACCCUAAAAUUAGAAAAACCUGCAGAAAUACCAGAAGAAUCUCAAAGAUUUGAUAUCACUGAAAUGCCGUAUACAACUAGAACACCAGAAUAUAGUACAAUAAUUAGGAAUUCAUAUAUUCCACCCCGACCUGUAGAAGAAUUUACUAGUGAACCGCCAUUUAAACAACCAAUGAAAAUUACACCAUAUGGGUCGUCAUUUAAUAAAACCGUCACGAACAGAAAACAAGAGUUUAUUAAAGAAUCUCAAAUUUCCAUAGAUAGUAAUUUCCAACAAGUAUUAGCAACAACAAUAGCGCCAUUCUAUUCAGUACCACUUACUCGAGGAGAACCAGGCCUUCAAGGCGAACCAGGAAAACCUGGACAACAUGGUGAUCGAGGUGUCCCGGGUACACCGGGAGUACCAGGAAUGCCUGGACUUCCCGGACCUGUUCCGGAUGUUAGCACAUAUUACCAGCAAUUAGCUCAAGUUCACGGAAAUCUAGAUAAAGGUCCUAUAAAUAGUGGUUAUCCGCCAGAAGCAUUUCACACUAUGCAAGCACAAGUUGGUCCGGUUGGAAUGAGAGGACCUCCUGGUCCUCCAGGACCUCCUGGGCCCCAAGGUUUCCAAGGUCCUCGUGGAGAAACUGGUGAUAUAGGUGCUCCAGGCCCUGCUGGCCCAAUUGGGCCCAGAGGUAUUCCUGGAUUACCCGGUAGGGAUGGCGAGCGAGGCCAUGAUGCAGAACCAGGACAACCAGGCACUAUUGGUCCUGCUGGACCUAGAGGUUUACCUGGAAUGCCAGGUAUACCCGGAAUGAAGGGUCAUAUUGGUUACCCUGGCGUCGACGGUGCAAAAGGCGAACAAGGAGCAACCGGUGAAAAAGGAUCUAUGGGGUCUCCUGGUCAACCUGGCAUUACUGGAUCAGUAGGUCCUAUUGGCGCACGAGGAGAAAGAGGCAGAGAAGGACCUCCUGGACCACCAGGCAUUCGAGGUGCUGAUGGUUUACCCGGAGCUAUUGGUCCUCCAGGAAAUAUUGGGAAAGCUGGUCCACCAGGAUUUCCGGGUUCGAUUGGUGCAAAAGGAGAUAUAGGUUUACCAGGACCAAAGGGUAGUUUCGGUUUGCAAGGACCAAGAGGUGAAUCUGGAAAAUCUGGUGAAACAGGCGAACCAGGUAUUCCGGGAACACCAGGAAAAGAUGGUAAUCCAGGAGAAAAAGGCAGUCCAGGAGCUAGUGGGCCCAUUGGUCCAUCUGGUUUUCCGGGACCUCGAGGUGCUCCAGGGGAACCAGGUAGUGUUGGACCACCUGGUAUAAAAGGAGCUGACGGAUUAAAUGGCGAACGUGGUUAUAAGGGAGAACCAGGAAUAAAGGGCGAAACUGGAGCUCCUGGCCCAAGAGGAUUGCCUGGUAUUGAUGGGCCGGAAGGUAAACGAGGCAGAAAAGGUUCUGAAGGUCCUCGAGGAUUAACUGGAAUUCAAGGUGAACGUGGUUUGCCAGGCGAACGUGGAUUACCUGGUCCAGACGGAUCACCAGGAACCAAAGGAUCAAUGGGUGAUCGAGGAUCAGAAGGACCUCCUGGUCCAAAAGGUGCUGUUGGUGACACUGGAAGACCGGGCAUGGCAGGUCUUCAAGGAUUGAGUGGAUCUAUAGGUAAGCCAGGACCUCCAGGAAAGCCUGGACCACCAGGUGAACGUGGUAUACCUGGUGCAGAUGGAAAGAUUGGAGAACCAGGAUCACCAGGUCUGCAAGGUUUACCAGGACCAAUAGGUCCACCAGGCGAUAAAGGUUUAACUGGAGAACCAGGAGCAGCUGGUGAAGUCGGACCUCCUGGAGCACCAGGACCCAAAGGUGAUUUAGGAAAAGAAGGACCUCCAGGCAAUCCUGGUAUACCUGGUAAGCCAGGGUUGGAUGGUGAGAGAGGAGCAGUUGGUCCACCCGGGUCUAUUGGUUCACAAGGUGUACCAGGAGUACCUGGUAAUCCGGGCCAACCUGGUAAAGAUGGAGAACAAGGCCAACAAGGAUAUGCAGGAAAAGCGGGUGAACCAGGAACUAGAGGUGAACGUGGAUUUCCCGGUGAGAGAGGCCCUAUUGGUCAUCCAGGACUACAAGGAGUUAAAGGAGAACCAGGAAUAGCUGGUCCUGAUGGGCCAACCGGACUACAAGGAAUUAAAGGUGACAAAGGACAUUCAGGAUCACCAGGACUAAUGGGUAUACCUGGGUUAAGAGGUGAUCAAGGACCAUCUGGUUUGAAAGGGGAACGAGGUUCUACUGGAGCACAAGGACCAUCAGGUUCACCGGGUCCUGCCGGAGAAAGAGGGCCUCAAGGGUUUGUUGGUCCAAUUGGUCCACCUGGUGAACCAGCUGAACGAGGUGAGCCCGGAUCUACAGGACCACCAGGAGAACCCGGUGCACCAGGCACACCUGGCGAGAGAGGGCCAUUUGGACCUCAAGGUGUUCAAGGCUUCCCUGGAUCACCAGGAUCAGUAGGUAUGCCAGGUCCAAAAGGUGAUAGAGGAGAUAUAGGAAUGAAAGGCGAGCAAGGAAAUCCCGGACCAAUUGGAAAAAUGGGAGAACCUGGCCUUACCGGUGCUGUGGGUUUAAUUGGUCCAAAAGGUAGUCGCGGAGAUCAAGGUAGUAAGGGUGAUAUAGGGUUAAUGGGAAUACCCGGUAGAGUUGGAGAACGAGGGCCACAAGGAUAUCCUGGGCCAACUGGACCUCCAGGACCACCAGGUUUGGUUGGAGCAAAAGGAUGGCAAGGUGAACCGGGUAAACAGGGCAUGCCAGGAAAUGUUGGAGCACCAGGUUUACGUGGAUUAGAUGGUCCCAAAGGUGAAACUGGUGCAGAUGGAGCUCCUGGACCCCCAGGACCAAUUGGUCCCCAAGGAGCUGUAGGAGAAAGAGGAUUAACAGGAGUUCCAGGCAGUCAAGGACCAAUCGGAAUGCGAGGAACACAAGGACUACCAGGCGAAAAGGGAUCUCCAGGAAAACCAGGAUCAGAUGGUUCACAGGGAAUUCAAGGUUUAUCCGGUCCUCCAGGUCCACCGGGACCUCAAGGUGAAAGAGGUCAAGAUGGAGCUACUGGUUUACCUGGAGCACCAGGAAUCAGCGGAAGACCAGGAGAUAAAGGUCCACCAGGAUCACCUGGUAAUCUAGGUAGUCCAGGAUCACCAGGAAUGAUUGGUCCACAAGGAUUACCUGGUCCAAUCGGGAACCCAGGCGAACGAGGUUUACGUGGUGAAAAUGGCCCUCAAGGUGUAGAAGGACCUCCUGGUCAAAGAGGUAAAGCAGGCCCUCCUGGAGUUCAAGGAGAAAAGGGAGAUAAAGGAGAAAUAGGUCCUGAAGGGAUGAAAGGUCAUAAGGGCCUAAUGGGCUUACAAGGACUACCAGGUGCCCCAGGAGCUGAUGGUCAAAAGGGUAAUAUUGGGUAUCCUGGACCCCCUGGACCUGUUGGUGAUCCAGGAUCAAAAGGGCCCCCGGGACAAGAUGGAAAUCCUGGGUUACCAGGUUUAGCAGGACAACCGGGUCCUAGGGGACUAACUGGUGAACGAGGUUCUGAUGGAAUACCAGGAGCACCUGGUUUACCUGGACCACCCGGACCUCCAGGUGAAGCAUUGGCUUAUGAUAUGGCUGCGCUUUCCGCAUUAUUAACUCAAGGACAUAACAAGGGACCAAAUGAUGGUACACAUCAAGAUCAACCCGAAAUGACAGAAACGGAAAGACGUGAAUUAAUAUUCAAUGCGUAUAAAAAAUUGAAAACGUCAUUUGAGAAGUUUAAGAAACCAAACGGUGAAAAAGAUAGCCCAGCCAAGACAUGUAAAGAUUUAUAUGCAGCUUAUCCUUCUCUUGAAAGCGGAGAAUAUUGGGUGGAUCCCAAUGAAGGAGAUGUUCGUGACGCGGUGCUCGUACGAUGUGAUCACAUUACAAAGAGUACAUGUAUAAAACCUCAGCCAGAUCAUAUAGGACCAAUAGAUUUUGCCGAUUUUGGAAAUAGAAAUCAUCAAUCUGAAAUUUGGUUAUCUGAAUUUGGAAAUACUGGACAGAUAUCAUAUAAAGCUGAUAGCAAUCAAAUCACUUUUUUACAACUAUUAUCGGAAUCAGCUACUCAAAAUUUAACAUAUCACUGUAAAAAAUCAAUUGGCUAUUUUGAUGUGGAAAACAAAUCAUACAAAAAAGGAUUGAAACUAGUUGGAUUUAACGAUGCCGAUAUUACUCCUAGAGGGAAUCCAAAAAUGAAAUACUCUGCUAUUGAAGAUGAAUGCAAGACUCGGUCAGACGAAUGGAAAAAAACAACAAUUUCAUAUACAACUGAUCGCCCGUCUCGCUUACCAAUUGUUGAUGUUGUUCUACGAGACUUUAAUGAAAAUGGUCAAAGUUUUAGCAUACAUUUAAGUUCAGUGUGUUUUGUAUAAAUAAUAAUAAAAAAAAAUAAAAAACAAUAA